GAGGUGCGUCCUCAGGUGAGCACAUCACGCUGCCUUCGCACCCAACACGAACUCUCCUGGCUCUCCUCAAGCUGGCGCGGUGCGGAUCCUGUCGCAAACCAUUUGAAUCUCAUGAGGUUUUCUGCAGCACACAGCCAACACACCGCUGAUGGGAUUAGCGCGUCCCAACACGUUGCAGGGGGCCGUGCCAGCCUACCUGGUCUGAUCCGCUGUGCAGACUCUGCAGGCCGGGGAGGGGGCGGCACCAGAGGAUGUGACGUCCAGCACGUAAGGGGAGAUUGUACCGUGCACCGUAAAUCACUGGUCGUUAACGCUGAUGUGAGGAGAUUACACACCGCAGGAUGGCCAGCAGCGCCUGAAUGCCUGCAAAAGUCAAGAGAGGCGAGACAAAAGACAAAGCGAAUCAGGUCGCACUGUGGGACAUCUGUUUAAAACCUCAUUUAGCUUUAUUUUAAAGUAUCAUUAUUAUAGGCCCAACAGGCGCAUUGCAACGAUGGAUCUAACUUUUAUAUUAUCAGCCAUUAUUUUCACUUUGCUCGCGAUUGUUGUGGCGACGUCGCUAUUUAAUGGUUCGACGUCUUCGGCCGACUUUGCAAUGGGUUAUUUUGGACACAAAGGAGACGGGAAAGCGGGAGGGGGAUUAGGUAAAUCUGCCCCGAAGCAAAACGGCCAUCUACCGGACAAGAAGAAUGCGGUGGACGACUGGAGUGAGCUCACCGGUUCACACGACCACUGGGAUGUGGUGAAAUCUGUGCUCUCAGAGGAGACACAUGCCCACCCUCCUACUGAAGAAGUGGCAGCAUCAGUAGAGCGCUCAACAUCUAGCCCGUCCAGCGACAGGCCUCCGUCUAGGGAAAUGAGCUUAGACGUAGACUCGUCAUCCGAGGCCUCGUCAGGGCGGAGCCGUAGGUCAUUCAUUGGGCUCUCUGAUAAGGAGCUCCUAAAGUGUGCUUUCUCUCACCCCCAGACUGAAGGAGCCACAGAGAGCCCGGUGAGCAAUGAUAAGGUGGAAUCGGCGGCAAAUAACUCCUUGAGGUACAUCCCCGGGAAGGCGCGAACCAGCCAUCUGGAGACGAUGAUGUCCAGACAGGAGCUGGAGGAGGAGAGGAGGAUAGAGCUCACCACAGACUUUACCUCUCUGUAAGCCUCUUGGACAGGCAGGCAGGGAGAGUGGAGCAAACGUGGGUGCAACGUGAGCAGCUGGCCGCCAUCUUCCAGCUGCUGCAAGACAAUAAGGAGACGUUUGGGGAGGUGUCUGAGGGAGACAUAGAGGAGCAGCUCAAACUCUAUUCCAUCUGACGCUUUUCCUUACUGGGAUACAUUUUCUGACUGUGCACUAUACUCAAGGACUAUUAUCCAUUGUCAGUAUAAACAUCGUACAUGCAAACAUACAUACGCUCGACAACUUUCAAGACGUACCAUCAACCACCCACAAUCAUGUUUCAUAUUUUUUCCUUUGUUUUGUUUGUUUAUUUUUGUUCCGUCCACCUGUCAUUCAAAUAUCAGAACCGGAGCAGGUUAUUACUAGCUGUCCCUUUUUUGGAAAUAAGGAUCUAAAGGGUAUUGAGGACUGUGAAAAUGUGACUGGAGCAAAAAACACUCCCAGAAAACUGCUCGGUUCUCAGAGGGCUAAUAAAAGCAAAAAAAAAAAAAAAAGAAAGAAAGAAAGAAAGAAAAAGUAUUUAUUUAUUACAUGAUUUUUUUUCCAUCUUGUGUCUUCCUAAAGGCUCAGUAUAUGACAGGUAUUGUAAAGCUGCUUCUGUAUUAACAACCAGCUGAAAUAAACCGUUUCAACUCUCCUGGUUAGAUA